AUGGAGACGACCCCGGCGCUGUGGAUCUGCCCGGUGAACCGAGAGGAGCUCGGAGUGAAGAGCCGGGAGUUUGGAGGCUGUCGCCUGCUCAGCCCGUGUCCCGUGGCUGCAGCUUCAGCCAGAAGGUGUCACUCCAUCUAUAAGGGUUUCGCUCAGUGUCUGAUGUCGCUGGGGGACAGUCUGACGGACAGCGCCCGCAAAGACGAGGACACGCACGAGAUCCACUCCAUCUGCAGGUCCUGGGACGAGUUCCAUGACUGUGCCAACAUGGCGAUGGCCGGCUGUCCAGAGGAGGCGGCGGCCGUCUGGGAGUCUCUCCGCCAGGAAUCCAAAAAGAUGCAGUUCUCCGGAAACCUCUACGACAUGUGCUCCGACCGGAACAGCUACGCGGUGUCCUCGGCCUCCUCCCGUGGCUCCUCCCACCAGGAGGAGAUCAACCAGGAGUCUCUACGAGCACGCGGCGAGCAUCUGGCCGACCGCCGCCCCCUCCUCCUGCUGCUCGCUCCUCUGCUGCUCUUGUUGUUUUGGAUAUAA